GCGACUACGAAGGAUCCCCGCAACGACAGAGAGACAGACAUGGAAAAAAAAAGAGGGGAAAAGAGCACAUCGUACCAGCGACCGGCGGUGAUUCCGGCCCCAACGGGAGGGCUCCGCUGGCAUGCGCUAUCCAUAUCUUCCUUCCUCCCGCUGCUCCCGGAUGCACUCCACAGCCUACCCCCGUCCGCCCGCCACCUGCUCGGCGGUGGGGCGCCCAAGCCUACCUCCACCGCCCCCGCCUCCCUCGUCACCUACGCCCUGACCCUCGCUGUUCUGGAGGCAGCACCGAUCAUCUGCUAAUCGCGGGCAUAAGUGAAUCCGAAGCACGCCCGGACCCUCGCUGUUGCCAUCCGUCUCCUUCCAUUAAUCCUACAUCUCAGUGGUGAUGUCUCGGUCACCGCACGGAAGGUGUUUGACAGAAUGACCAACGCCGAGUCCGCUCCACCUUCAUGGCGGGCACAUUGUGCUGUGCCGAAUUUCCUGGAGAAUGACACCUCGGCCUGCUACAAGAAACAGACCUUGCUUCCGGGAAGCACUCGGGUUACUUGACGAAAUGCGCAGGAGAGAGAAACUGCGGUCGACCGCAACGACGCCGUGUGCGUAACAUAACGACAGACGUACCCACAAAUUUCAGCACAGGACAUAGGCGGUUCAGGAUCCUGAACUUCCCAUUGUUUCAUGACCAAACCAUCAAGGUUGUUGGCAGCCAUCUUAAGGUGCAUUGGGACCCGAGACCCAUUGGGUAUUUUCGGUAUCGAAUGCUUUUGGGUACUGCAUAAGACUAUUUACCACCUGGCAAAUGUCUGCAUGAAGGAGAGAGUGGGGUAAGUGCAUGAGAUGGACUGACCAGCCAACCGAGAGAGAUUUAGAGAAGUGAGAGGUGAGUAAAUGCAGUGAAGCAUGGCUGGUGGCUGCUGGACGGACCAGAUACAUGAGUGCUCCCUUUCUCUCAUUCUCAUCUCAGCCCACUUCUCCAUUACGCUGCCUGGAAUAAGAUCGAUCCAGCUUCUUGUUUGGUGAGCUCAUCCAACCUCCGAGCUCGCCCUUGACACCUGUGGAGUGCAGUGGAACAGCUAGCAAGAACCAUGGAGUUUCCGGACAUUAUUCAGAGCACCAUGCAUCGAAUCCACUGACCUGAUUGAGUGAAGCGUCGUCUUGUCCCCUCACGAAUCUGGCCUCUGGUGCCGCCGCUUUUGCUUCGUUGUCCGACGAGGCCACCGCCGCUGUGUUCUGCUCUGCCGUGAAGCACAAAAAGGGUGUCAGUGGAACAGCAAGCAAGAACUGUGGAGUUUCCACUCAUUCAGAGCACGAUGCCUCAAAUCCACUGACCCGUCUUAUUACUCUGCGCUGCCUGAUUAUAAACUCUUCCUCUUCCAGAUCGAGUGAAGCCGACACUGCUGUGUUGCCGACGCUUCCGCUUCGUGAAGGAAGUGGAUCCUCCAACGUGAAGGAGAGAAGUCAGGCUUAAUCAUAUGGAUGUGAAGGAGGCAAAAGUUACGGCACUGUAGCUUACCUGAUUUCUCUCCUUCAUGUUAGAGGAUCCAGAUCGGUACCCUCUGCCUUGACCAUCCAAAGAGGGCCAGCCGCUGUGCUCUGCUCUGCUGUGAAGCACCAAAGGCGGGCUUGGUCCAGAUCUAGCUAAGUUCUAGUUUGCAACUCAGUUGCAUUACAGCUCCUCACAUUCAUCGAUUUGCAGAUAAAGAGAGCUGCUCAUGGAGGUCGUCACGGGUGCCAUGGGCAGCCUGCUCCCCAAGCUGGGCGAGAUGCUCAUGGAUGAGUACAACCUGCACAAGCGUGUCAAGAAAGACAUCCGCUUUCUCUCCAGGGAGCUUGAGAGCAUGCACGCUGCCCUCAUCAAGGUUGGUGAGGUGCCACAGGACCAGCUCGACAGACAAGUCAAGCUCUGGGCCGACGAGGUCAGAGAGCUCUCCUACAACAUGGAGGAUGUCGUCGACAAGUUCCUCGUACGUGUUGACGGCAUUCAGCCUCACGACGAUGGUAGCAGAUUCAAGGGGCUCAUGAAGAGGAUGAUCGGCGUGUUCAAGAAGGGCAAGAAUCACCAUCGAAUAGCUGACGCCAUCAGGGAAAUCAAGGAUCAACUCAAGGAGGUGGCUGCUAGGCGUGACAGAAACAAGCUUGAUGAUAUGGCUCCUAAUCCUGUGGAAGCAGUUCCUAUCGAUCCUCGUCUUCGGGCUUUGUACACAGAAGCUACAGAGCUUGUUGGCAUCUAUGGGAAGAGGGAUCAGGACCUCAUGAGUUUGCUCUCCUUGGAGGGCGACGAUGCCUCUAACAAGAAACUGAAGAAGGUCUCCAUUGUUGGAUUUGGAGGGUUGGGCAAAACCACUCUCGCUAAAGCAGUAUACGACAAGAUUAAAAGUGAUUUCGGUUGCCGGGCAUUUAUUCCGGCCGGUCAGAACCCUGACAUCAAAAAGGUUUUUCGGGAUAUUCUCAUUGAACUCGGCAACCCUCAUUCAGAUCUUGCGAUAAUGGAUGAAAAGCAGCUCAUCGAUAAGCUUCGAGAAUUCCUUGAGAACAAGAGGUAUCUCGUCGUAAUUGAUGAUAUAUGGGAAGAAAAAUUGUGGGAAGGUAUCAACUUUGCUUUCUCCAAUAGUAAUAAUCUAGGCAGUCGGCUAAUCACCACAACCCGCAUUGUCAGUGUCUCCAAUUCAUGUUGCUCGUCCGCCGAUGAUUCCGUUUAUCAAAUGAAACCUCUUUCUACUGAUGACUCCAGAAUGCUCUUCCAUAAAAGAAUAUUUCCGGACGAUAGUAGAUGUCAAAAUGAAUUUGAACAAGUGUCUAAAGACAUAUUGAAGAAAUGUGGUGGAGUACCACUAGCCAUCAUUACUAUUGCUAGUGCUUUGGCUAGUGGCCAGCAGGUGAAACCAAAGUGUGAGUGGGAUAUUCUGCUCCAGUCCCUUGGCUCUGGACUAACAGAAGAUAAUAGUUUAGAGGAAAUGCGGAGAAUACUAUCUUUCAGCUAUUAUAAUCUACCCUCUCAUCUGAAAACUUGUCUAUUGUACCUAUGUAUAUAUCCAGAAGAUAGCAAGAUUGAUAGAGAUAGACUGAUAUGGAAGUGGGUGGCCGAAGGAUUUGUCCACCAUGGAGAUCAAGGGACUAGCCUGUUUUUGGUCGGAUUAAACUACUUCAACCAGCUCAUUAAUAGAAGUAUGAUCCAGCCAAUAUAUGAUUAUAAAGGCCAGGUAUAUGCUUGCCGUGUACAUGAUAUGGUUCUGGACCUUAUCUGCAACUUGUCACAUGAAGCAAAGUUUGCGAAGUUAUUGGAUGGUACUGGGGAUAGCAUGCCUUUACAUGGCAAUGUUCGUCGUUUGUCCCUUCAAGAUAGAAAUAAAGAUGAUCAAGGCACACCUCUCAGAAAUUUCACGGGUAUAUCACAAGUGAGGUCCAUUACUGUCUUUACAUCUGCUAUUAAUAUCAUGCCAGCCCUGUCAAGGUUUGAAGUUCUGCGUGUACUUGAUUUGUCGGGCUGUAAUCUUGGAAAAAGUAGCAGCGAGCAACUUAACCUAAAGGGUGUUGGACACUUAAUUCACCUGAGGUACCUUGGUCUAUUAGGUACCAAAAUCAGUAAGCUCCCGGCUGAGAUAGGAAACCUGCAGUUUUUGGAGGUGUUGGAUAUUGGAAGCAAUUUUGAGCUACAUGAAUUGCCGUCCACUGUUUGGAAUUUGAGAAGAUUGAUGUACUUAAAUGUUUUUCCCUGUAAGUUGGUUCCAGCUGGUGUGUUGCAGAAUCUGACAUCAAUUGAAGUGUUGAGGGGGAUCUUGGUCUCUCUAAACAUUAUUGCGCAAGAGCUUGGCAACCUGGCAAAGCUGAGGGAGCUUGAGAUUCGGUUCAAGGAUGGUAGUUUGGAUUGGUAUGAAGGUUUUGUGAAGUCUCUGUGCAACCUACAUCAUAUCGAAAGCCUAAUUGUUAGUUGGAAUACAAAAGAAACAUCUUUUGAACCGAUGGAUCUCUUGGGAGAACGCUGGGUGCCUCCUGUACAUCUCCGAAAAUUUGAGUCGUGGAUGCCCAGCCAACUCUCUGCACUGCGAGGGUGGAUAAAGAGAGACCCCUCGCAUCUCUCAAACCUCUCCAAGUUAAUCCUCGGGUCAGUGAAGGAAGUGCAGCAGGAGGACGUGGAAAUCAUUGGGGGGUUGCUGUCCCUUCGCCAUCUCUGGAUAAAGAGCACCCACCAAACACAACGGCUGCUAGUCAUCCGUGCAGAUGGGUUCCGCUGUAUGGUAGACUUUGGCUUGGAUUGUGGAUCAGCAGCGCAAAUAAUGUUUGAACCAGGAGCUUUGCCGAGGGCGGAAAAAGUUGAUUUCAGCCUUGGCGUGCGGGUGGCGAAAGAGGAUGGUAACUGUGGUUUUGAUGUGGGCCUGCAGGGGAACCUGCUCUCCCUUCGGUGGUAUGUCAAGGUUUGGUUGUAUUGUGGUGGAGCGAGGGUUGGGGAGGCAAAGCAAGCGGAGGCUGCGGUGAGGCACGCCCUCGACGCCCAUCCUCGGAUUCAUAUUGCUAUGGAGCCACGUAUAGCAAAAGAUGCUCAUGACGACGAUUUGUGUGAGGACGUGGAGAACUAAUUUCUGAUGCAGAGCGACUCACAUUGCAUCAGAUGUGCUCUCAGGUAGCAGGGGCACGGGACGGUGGGGUUACUGCUGGUGGCAUCAGAGAUGAAUGUUUCACAAACAUUUUGGGUGGGCGCUGGCCGUGCAAAGGUUUCGAACUUUGCUGGAAGUUGUGUGAUGAACUUCUUUUAAAUGGCAGUCACUUGCAGAUUGCUUGGUUUUGUAAUGAAUAAGUAAGGGUGUUGGGGUGAAUUGGUCCUUACAAGGAUAGCUUUGCUUUGCUUUACUUGAGGGCCAUCGUUGCUCCUCUGUUUUGCAUGUUGUUGUCACAUGGGAGGGCUAGCCCAUGGCAUGCUGGUGUUUUUUGUUUUUAAGCUGAACUGGAUAAACCUGAGGGUGUAUUAUCAGUUUCGUGAUGAAUGAAAUCUGAGCUCUUUAAUUCAAA